GGCCGUCGGGGCAGCCCCGCCCGGUCCUGGCUGCCGCCCCAUGGCUGCCGACAGGCUGGUCGUGGUGCUGGGCGGCGCCGGCACCGUGGGCUCCGGCAUCGCCAAGGCGCUGCUGGACAGGGGUUUCCGCGUGGCCGUCAUCUCCCGGGACGCGGCCCGGCUGGACAAGCUGCGGGACUUCGUGCCGGCGGCCGCGCGGCCCCGCCUGCACACGCUCGUCGGGGACGUGGGGUCGGAGGCCGGCGCGGAGUCGGCCAAGCGGGAGCUGGUGCGGAGCGUGGGCCAGGUCACGGACGUGGUGUCGUCGCUGGGCUUCAGCUGGUGGCAGGGCGGCCCCCCGCACACGCAGCCGCUGCAGGAGCUGCACCGGGUGCUGGACACGCUGCUGCUGAGCACCUUCACCGCCUGGAAGGCCUUCUUCCCCCUGGUGCAGGACAGCGCCGAGGGCUCCUACACCUUCAUCACAGGCGGGGCCGGCGAGCGCCUCCUCAUGCCGGGCACCGGGUUCCUGACGCUGGGGGCGGCGGGGGCGCUGGCCUUCUGCCGGGUGCUGCGGGAGGAGUACCCCGACGUGCCCUGCAAGCUCAACGAGGUGAAGAUCAACAUGGGGGUGGCCACCCCGGAGCGCCUGGGCCCCGGCUACGUGAGUCACCUGGAGGUGGGGGAGGCGGUGGCCGCGCUGGUGGAGAAGCGCCGCGUGUCGCACGCCGUGCUGUGUGCCAGCUCGCCCGCCGACCUGCAGGCCCUGGCGCUGGAGGGCCAGCUCUGAGGGGCCCCAGCUCUGCUGCUCGCGCCCCGCCGGCUCCCCAUGCCCGUCUUCCCUGCUCUCUGGUCCCCUGCGAUGAGGGGGGCAGCUGACC